AAGGCGUGGGCAGAAUUCAAAUCUUCUGAAGACUCCUCUCUCUUGCUAACUCUUACAUUUUCACUUGUAAACCUUUUCAAAUUCUAAACUGUAAUCUUUUCUCAUCUCUAUUGUAAUCCUUUGGCUUCUUCAAACAAGUGCAAUUCUCUUGUACCUCACCAUUUCUCAAGUUUUAUAUUCAAGUGUUUGCCUUCAACUGCAGCAUUACAAAACUGACAAGACAUGUGAUUGUCAUUUUGAACCAUUAAACACAACAUAAAAGACGGAUCCCUACGAUUAACUAAGCAAAUUCAUCAGGAAAUGUCAGCAGCAGAAGCAGGGAACACCACCACCAAAGAUGACUCCGGCAACCCUGGACUGCCACACUAUCCGAAAAGUGGGUUUGACCCACAAACCGGAAUCUAUUAUUCGAUUAAUAAACUUGGUGACCAACAUAAAAUCCCCACUAGGCCAGACCUUGACAUUGCUACAUAUGUGCUAUCUCAUUUCCCACAUCCCCACCAAGCAGAGUCAAAAAUUGCACUCAUAGAAUCAGCCACAAAUCAGCAGUUCACCUAUGCAUGGCUCCAAAGAUCAAUUCGUUCACUUGCUAAAGGCUUGUACCAUACUCUUGGGGUCAGUAAAGGUGAUGUGGUAUUUGUAUUGUCACCAAACUCGCUCUUGUACCCAACCAUAUGCCUUGCAGUGUUCUCAAUUGGUGCAAUAUUAACCACAGCCAACCCACUUAACACCAAGUCAGAAAUAGCCAAGCAAGUAAGUGACUCAGGCGCCAAGCUAGCAAUUUCAGCACCUGAAGAGCUUCACAAAUUGGUCCCAACUGGGGUGUCUACAAUUCUAACAUCAAGAAAACCAAACAAAGAUUCGUCAUCCUUAUCCAUUGAAGAAUUAAUUGAAAGCUCUGAUCAUUUAUAUCAGUUGCCACAAGUCAAGCUAGUUCAGUCAGACACAGCAGCUAUACUAUACUCUUCUGGGACUACCGGGACAAGCAAAGGUGUAGUUCUAACACAUGCAAAUUUCAUCGCCAAUGUGGCAUUUCUGAGAUGGACUGUGGACGUAAGCUCAGCUCAAAACGAUGUGUUUUUGUGUUUCCUUCCUAUAUUUCAUAUCUACGGCCUUUCUUUUUUCGCGCUAGGAUUGUUUUGUGUGGGAACUACUACGGUGGUGAUGAAAAAGUAUGAGUUCCAUGCUAUGCUUCAAGCAAUUAAAACACACAAAGUUAAUAACAUACCAGCUGUGCCACCAGUGAUACUUGGGCUAGUAAAGUACACGAGCAAAGCAGGGUUUGAGUCUGAGUUAUCGUCGUUGAGAAGGGUGACCACUGGGGCUGCACCAUUGAGCAAAGAAGUAGGUGAUGUGUUCAGAAAAAGGUUUCCAUGGGUAGAGCUAAGGCAAGGAUAUGGACUAACAGAAAUCUGUGGAGCAGCAACGUUUUCGCCGACUCACAAAGAGGCUAAAGCUCGUUCGGGGUCAUCAGGAAUGUUGAUUCCAAGCUUUUGUGCUAAGGUGGUUGAUACUGAAACAGGAAAGCCCUUGCCACCUUAUAGGGAAGGAGAGCUGUGGCUGAAGAGCCCUUCUAUUAUGAAAGGUUAUUUGGGAAAUGUGGAAGCUACUGCAGCAACAAUUGAUUCAGAUGGGUGGUUGAAAACCGGUGAUAUUUGUUAUUUUGAUGAGGAUGGGUUUCUUUUCAUUGUGGAUAGGGUUAAGGAGCUCAUCAAACAUAAUGGGUAUCAGGUGGCUCCAGCAGAACUGGAAGCAAUACUUUUGAGUCAUCCUUCAAUUCUCGAUGCAGCCGUUAUACCGGUGGAAAAUGACGAAGCAGGUCAGAUACCUAUGGCAUACGUGGUAAAAGCAGUUGGUUCUGAGCUCAGUGAAGACCAAGUGAUUAAAUUUGUGGCUGACCAGGUGGCCCCAUACAAGAAAGUUAGAAGAGUCAGUUUCACUAGUGCAAUUCCAAGGUCAACUUCAGGCAAGAUAUUGAGAAAGAACCUGGUUUCACAAAGCAAACAGCAAUUUAUCUCCAAAUUGUAACAGUUUUCUCUCUUCUUUUUUAUUUUCUUUGCUGCUCAAACCUAAAUAAGAUUUUCAAGAAAUGAAUUGAUCAGCCAUGAUAUUUUCAGCAGUCUAGAAGAUGGGCCUUUAGAGGUCAAACUGUAUAAUGGUUUGUAUUAAUAAAGUUCAAACAACUUUCGUUUGCCUGCCUAA